AUGUCGGAAUACCUGGUGACAGCCCUGGUUGGAUUUGGCGGAGAGAUUCAGUAUUCUGCAAAGCCUCCUUGGGCUCAGAUGCUAGCUGUUGUUGACAUGGACCUCCCACAAAAGGUCAUAGACCGGCCCCAGCCAGGACCAACAGUCUUCACAGAUGCAUCCUCAACAACCUCCACUGUGGCUGCAGUGUGGCAAUCGGAGGACGAGUGGCACUGUGUCAAAGCGACUGAUCGUACACUCUCAGUCCGGCAGUUAGAAAUAGCAGCCGUGGUACUGGCAUGUGGACAUUGUACCAUAUCAGUCAUCCAUGUCAACAGCUGCGACCUGGUCAAAGGGUUCUUCCAGGUUGGCAACGAUAAAGCAGAUGCUGCCGCGAAAAGACUGGGGACUCUACAAGAAGCUCGUCAGCUACACGAAACCCUGCACAUCGGAGCCAAAGCACUAGCAAAGAGAUGCGAAAUCUCGGUUGCUGAUGCAAAACAUGUAGUAGCUUCAUGCCCCCACUGCCAAGAGGCACCGCUGUGGUCCUGUGGAAUCAACCCCAGAGGCCUAAAAGCCUCAGAGAUAUGGCAAACAGACUUUACAUUUACGUUGAGACCCCGAGCAUGGCUUGCAGUAACAGUGGAUACAUACAGCGGAAUAAUUGUAGCCACUCAGCACCUGAAAACCAACUCCAAAGCAACUAUCCAGCAUUGGCUAACAGCCAUGGCUUGGCUCGUCACCCCUAAGCAAAUCAAAACGGACAAUGGCGCAAAUUUUAUCUCAAAGCUGAGUCGGGAAUUUGCCUCCAGAUGGGGUAUCACUCUGGUGCAAGGCAUCCCGUACAAUAGUACAGGACAAGCCAUUGUUGAGCGAGCAAACCAGACCUUGAAAGCCAAGUUAGAGGUGUUAGCAAAAACAGAGGGCUUUACCAAUUCCAUUCCCCAAGCAGACCAGGUGUGUUUGCCAGCAACUGCACUGUUAGCACUGAACCAAAUCCCUAGGGGAGAUGAAACAAACAGUCCCUCCCAAAAACACUGGGCCACUCGAGCUCUAGAAGAGGGCCCGCAGGUCAUAAUCAGAAAUGAGUUAGGAGAGUGGAGCAAGGACUGGAUCAUUGGGUGCCCGCAUGAUACAUAUGCUCCAGUGCCAGAAGGAGGUGAUGAGCCACCAGACAACCCGAAGACGACCAGAACUCCUGAGCCUGUGAAACCCAAGUGA